AUGGCGUACUCCUCCUGUUUGAAUCAGAGUUUGAAACCAAAGAAACUUCUUCUCAGGAGGAUAGAUGGGGCGAUUCAGGUGAGAUCCCAUGUAGAUCUAACUUUCUAUUCACUCGUGGGAUCCGGGCGGUCCGGGGGAGCUAUCUCUCGAGCACAGGUUGAGGUUCGUCCUCAAUGGGAAAAUGGAGCACCUAACAACGCAUCUUCACAGACCAAGAACUACGAGAUCACCCCUUUCAUUCUGGGGUGA